AUGAUCACCUCACCGUCUCACCUCUUGAUGCUUCUGGCAAUGGCCGCCGCCGGAGCCAACGCUGCCGCCGGCACUGCCACAGCUACGACGCCUGCGCCGGCGUGCACAGCGACAUCUUUGACAAAUGGUGGAUUCUUCGACCUGCGGCCGGACACAGCCGUGGCGCCCCCCGAGAAUGGGAAAACCCACAAGUCAGGCACAUACAAGGACUAUCAUUCUCGGGGCUGGGAUUACGGCAAGAACUUCACGUUGAAUAUCUGCGGCCCGGUGGUCGAUCCCGUUGACGAUGUGGUUGGUUUGAAGAAGAGCCAGUGGGCGAAUGUCAGCGCGUAUUAUACGUCUCAUGACAGCGUUUACUCAAUUGGCUCUGUGUCGCUGGAUCUGCAUAGUCGAGGGCGAAAGCUCGUUUUGCAGUACACUGGCGGAUCACCUUGCGGAGAUCACAAGUCGAGCUUCAAGGACGACGAUGACGAUGACGACGAUUACGAUUACCGCAAGAGGGACACGAAGCAAUACAGCGAAGGUCUCUCAUCACCUGCCCACGCCCACGAAAUCGAGACGAUUGAGAAGAGCGACAGCUCUUCCAAGACCAGGCGGAAGUCGGCCACAAUAUCUUUCCUGUGCGAUCGAGAUCCUGGAACCACCACGGCCGUCUCGUUUGUCGGCGUCGACCCCGACGAAUGCUCCUACUUCUUCGAAGCCCGCUCCGCAUAUGCUUGCGCCCACGCGGAGCCUCACAAGCCCGGUAGCGUCGGGCCCGGAAGCGUAUUCGGACUGAUUCUCGUCAUCGCCGUGCUCGUGUACGUGCUCGGCGGCGUCUUCUACAACCGCACCGUUGCGCACGCCCGAGGAUGGCGGCAACUACCCAACUACAGUCUGUGGGCCGGUAUUGGGAGCUUUUUCAGCGUGCGUCCGUCCCGGCCCAAGGCGGGGCUUCCUUUUUAA